AUGCUGCUUCCAGCCCUGCUCUGUUUCUGGGCAAUUUGGGCCUGGGCUGAUGGGCGGUGGUGCCAUCGGACAGAGACUGUCCAGGCAGAGGAGGUGGUGACCCCUCGGCAGGAAGAGCUGGUGCCCUGCAGCAGCCUCUACCAUUAUGUUCAUCGGGGCUGGCAGCUCGACCUGGCCAGAAGCCGGCGCUCAAGCUCCCCAACUCCUACUCUCUGCCCAGUCUACAAGCCCCCUGAUAUACGGCUGGUAGCCUGGAACCGGACUGUGAGAGCCUGUUGCCCAGGCUGGAGAGGUCCCCAUUGCACUCUAGCCACAAUUUCUUCUGCAGGUACUGGCACCAAGGACCACUGUUUUGCCACAUGGCAAUGCCAAGUAGGACCAGAUUUGCUGAAUGCCUCAGCAGGCAGCUUAGAAGAGUGUUGUGCCCAGCCCUGGGGGCGCAGCUGGUGGAAUGAUAGUUCUGAACUUUGUCUCCCUUGUUCUUCCUGGCCUAUAACAGGUGGAUCAUUUUCUCCAGGCAAUCAUCUAUCCCCAGCCCUCUUACAGCCGUCUCCUGGCGUAGUGGGCCAUCUCCGGAGCCAGCGAGGGGGCCUCUCAGCCACCUGUACCACUUGGUCAGGCUUCCACUACCGGACCUUUGAUGGACAUCACUACCACUUCCUGGGCCGAUGUACCUACCUGCUGGCGGGAGAUGCCGAUGCCACCUGGGCUGUCUACCUCCUUCCUGGCGAGCACUGCCCUCGGCCUGAUCGCUGCCGGCCGAUGGUUCACGUUCUGAUGGGCCAGGAUGAGGUGCUGUUCCAAGGCUCUAAAAUCUCAGUGAAUGGAGUGCCAGUGCUAGAGGGGGAGCCCCUACUACAGCAUGGGCUGAGCCUACAGUGGCCAGGAGACUGGUUGGUGCUGUCUGGUGGUCUGGGUGUGGUGGUGAGGAUGGACAGGGCUGGUUCUAUCUCACUCACUGUUGACCAUGAACUCCAGGGGCAGACUCGAGGACUCUGUGGCCUCUAUAAUGGCCGGCCUGAGGAUGAUUUUCUGGAGCCUGAUGGGGGGCAGGCUGUAUUAGCUGCCACGUUUGGCAAUUCCUGGAAGUCCCCUGACUCACAGCCUGGGUGCCUAGAUGCAAUGGAGGUGGCUCCAGGCUGCAAGGGUUCUACCGGAGAUCAGGGGGCCGGCAUAGGUGCAGGGGUGCUGCAGGCUGAAGCUCAAGACAUUUGUCACCAGCUGCUGGAUGGUGUCUUCAGAGAAUGUCAUGCCCAGAUCCCUCCCAGUGGCUUCCACGAAGCUUGCCUCUUUGCCUACUGCUCGGCUAGUGGUGGACAGGCGGAGAGGCAAGAGGCGGUGUGUGCUACAUUCGCCAGCUAUGCCCGUGACUGUGCCCAGCACGGUACCUUCAUCUCUUGGCGGAGACCCGGCUUCUGUGAGCGCCUCUGCCCAGGAGCACAGCUCUACUCAGAUUGCGUGUCAUCCUGCCCACCUAGCUGUGGGGCAGUGGGUGAAGAUGAGGAGGGGCAGUGUCGAGAAGAGUGUGUGAGUGGCUGUGAAUGCCCAUCAGGACUUUACAGGGACAAGGACCUCUGCGUCCCUGCCACUCAGUGCCCUUGCUACCACCACCGCCAACGCUAUUCCCCGGGGCACACGGUAUACCAGCUGUGCAAUCCAUGUGUGUGCCUGGAAGGCCGUUGGCACUGUUCCCAGAAGCCAUGCCCAGCCGAAUGUGCAGUGGGUGGGGAUGGGCACUACGUCACCUUCGAUGGGCGAAGUUUCUUCUUCCAGGGUGUUGGGGGCUGCCGGUACAACCUGGUACAGGAUUAUUUGAAGGGGCAACUGCUGAUAGAAUUGGAGCAUGGAGCCUGCGAGACUGGCAGCUGCCUCCGUGCCAUCUCUGUCACCCUGGGUGAAGCCUAUGUGCAGCUCCGGGACUCAGGGGCAGUGCUGGUAGGCAGGCAAGAGGUGGCAUUGCCUUGGGCUGAGCCUGGGGGCCUCAGUGUCCAUCAUGCCUCCUCCACCUUCCUCCUGCUUCAUGGACCCGGGGUCUGGCUCCUCUGGGGUGUGCUUGAACCUGCUGCCUACAUUACCUUGGAACCCCUCUAUGCCCACCGGGUGAGGGGGAUGUGUGGAACCUUCACUUGGAACCAGCAGGAUGACUUCCUGACACCUGCUGGAGAUGUGGAAUCCAGCGUAGCUGCCUUUGCCAGCAAGUUCCAGCUGAGUGGGGAGAGUGCCUGCCGUUUGAGGGAUACUCUGAUCCCACUUAAUCCCUGCAGCACCCAUGCCCAGCGCCGUCCCUAUGCAGAAGCUGCCUGUGCCACUCUCCAAGGCCCAGCCUUCCAGCAAUGCCACGGGCUCGUGGAACAAGAGCCUUACCAGCUACGGUGCCUGUCAGCGGUGUGCGGCUGUGCCCUGGGUCAUGAUUGCCUGUGUCCUGUGCUAGCUGCCUAUGCCCGCCAUUGUGCCCGGGAGGGUGUGCUCAGCCCUUGGAGGAACCAGACUCUGUGCCCUGUCAUGUGUCCAGCUGGCCAAGAAUACCAGGAAUGUGCCCCAGUGUGUGAUCGGAGAUGUGGAGAACUGGAGGCCUGUGGGGAAUCAGUGGGCUGCGUGGCUGGUUGUAACUGUCCCUCUGGCCUGCUGUGGGAUCAUGAGAGCCAGUGUGUGCCCCCUAGCCUGUGUCCCUGCCGGCUGGGAACCCGGCACCAUCCUCCAGGCAGCAUUACUUUGCAGGGAUGCAAUCGCUGUGUGUGCCAGGACAGAGGCAUCUGGAACUGCACAGCUCACCAUUGUGCUCCAGAAAUAGCAUUCUGCCCUGGAGGACGAAUAUAUUCCCCCGGCUCCUGCCUCCUCACCUGUGAUAGUCCCAGGGCCAACAUCUCCUGUCCUAGGGAUACUUCGGAUGGCUGUAUUUGCCCUCCAGGCACUGUGCUGCUGGAUGAACACUGUGUUCCCCCUGAACUGUGCCCCUGCAGACACAGUGGGCAGCUGUACCCACCCAACUCAACGAUCCAAGAGGACUGCAAUACUUGUGUGUGCCAGGGCCGUCAGUGGCGAUGCACAGGUCACCCGUGCAGUGGACGGUGCCAUGCUUCGGGUGCCCCUCACUAUGUGACGUUUGAUGGUUUGGCAUUCACCUUCCCUGGGACCUGCGAGUACCUGCUGGUUCGAGGGGUGGAUGGGAGUUUUGCUGUCUCUGCCCAGAACCUGCCCUGUGGGACCAGUGGCCUCACCUGCACCAAGGCCCUGACCAUUCGGCUGGGGAAGACCAUCGUGCAAAUGCUCAGAGGUCAGGCAGUAACGGUGAAUGGAGCCAGUGUGCGGCCUCCCAAGAUCUAUACAGGACCUGGACUGAGCCUGAGACAAGCGGGCCUCUCCUUGCUGCUCACUGCUCGCCUUGGCUUUUCCUUGCUCUGGGAUGGAGGCACUCGGGUUCUGGUACAGCUGGCUCCCCGGUUCCGGGGCCGAGUGGCCGGGCUGUGUGGGGACUUUGACGGCGAUGCCGCCAACGAUCUUCGGAGUCGUCAAGGGGUCCUGGAGCCCACGGCCGAGCUGGCGGCCCACUCGUGGCGCCUCAGCCUCCUCUGCCCAGAGCCGAGCCUGGGAGACCCGCCUCACCCCUGCGCAGUGAAUGCCCACAGGGUGGGCUGGGCCCGGGCCCGCUGCGGGGUGCUGCUCCAGCCGCUCUUUGCCCCUUGCCACGUGGAGGUGCCCCCCCAGCAGCAUUACGAGUGGUGUGUGUAUGAUGCCUGCGGCUGCGACUCAGGAGGCGACUGCGAGUGUCUUUGUUCGGCCAUCGCUACGUACGCCGAGGAAUGUGCCCGCCACGGGCAUCGCCUGCGCUGGCGAAGCCAGGACCUCUGCCCUGUGCAGUGUGAAGGGGGUCAGGUCUAUGAAGCCUGCGGUCCCGUCUGCCCCCCCACCUGCCAACACCCCGGUCCUGAGUCUGCGUGGCACUGCCAGGCUGUGCCCUGCGUGGAGGGAUGCUUCUGUCCCGAGGGCACCCUGUUGCACGGGGGUCUCUGUUUGGAGCCAGCCGCCUGCCCCUGCGCGUGGAGAGGCACCUUCUUCCCGCGGGGAGCCAUGCUGCAGAGGGACUGUGGGAACUGCACAUGCCGAGCUGGAGAGUGGAACUGUGGGGAAGCGGGCGCCCUGUGUGAGGAGAGGGUUCUCGAGUGUGCCGAGGGUGCAGUCCCAUGCCAAGAGAGCGGGUACUGUGUGCCCCGGGAGUGGCUUUGCGACAACCAGGAUGACUGUGGAGAUGGCUCUGAUGAGGAGGGCUGCGCCCCUCUGGGCUGUGGAGAGGGGCAGUUCUCCUGCAGUGAAGGCCGAUGUCUGCCCUCGUCAUCACUCUGCGAUGGACAGGUUGACUGUGGAGACGGGGCAGAUGAGCACGGCUGCCCAUGCCCCAAGGGGUUCCUACCCUGUGCUGAUGGGCAAUGCCUGCCCCUGGCCCAGCUCUGUGACGGGCAUCCUGACUGUUCAGAUGGUGCUGAUGAACAGUCCUGUCUGGGAUGGGAAAACUGCGGCCCUGGAGAGGUGCCCUGCUUGGAUGGAACCUGUGUUGGAGCUUCUCAGCUGUGUGAUGGAGCCUGGGACUGUGCAGAUGGGGCAGAUGAGGGACCCAGACACUGCCCCUCUCCCCCUCUACCUAUUCCCCCUGCCAGCACUCCAACUGGCUCCUCCAUGGGCCACCUGGAGACUGGACCAACUUCUCCCAUCAAAAGCAGUAGCCCUGAGCUGCCCUGUGGUCAAUAUGAGUUCAGCUGUGGCAGUGGCGAGUGUGUACCUUGGGGUUGGCACUGUGACCAUGAGGAGGACUGCCAGGAUGGCACCGAUGAGCUGGACUGUGGGCAGCCCUGCCCCUCACAUCACAUGCUCUGUGCCCUCGGCCUCCACUGCAUACCCUACCUGCAGCUCUGUGACGGGAUAGCCCAGUGCCCAGAUGGCUCUGAUGAAAGCGUGGAUGCCUGUGAGAGGCUGCCAUUCCCCACAACUCCUAACAAGACGGGCGUUCCUUGCCCUGAAUAUUCCUGCCCAGAUGGCCACUGUAUCAGCUUUCAGCAGGUGUGCGAUGGGCAGCCUGACUGUGAGGUGAGGGAUGAGCAGAGGCUGUCCCCUGAGGAGCAGGGCUGUGCCGCAUGGGGACCCUGGGCUCCAUGGGGGCUAUGCAGUCAGACCUGUGGGGCUGGGGUGCAGCGUCGGAGUCGCCGCUGCUCUCCCCCUAGUCUCCCUGUGCUUCAUCGCUGUCUGGGCCCAGAACACCAAGACCGUGCUUGCUUCACUAUUGCCUGCCCUGAGGAUGGUGUGUGGGGUGACUGGUCCCCCUGGUCUGAAUGCUUGGAGCCAUGCAGCGGGGUUGUGGCGAGACACCGGCUCUGCCACCCACCCCGAAAUGGUGGCCGGACCUGUGCCACCUUGCCUGGAGGGCCCCACAGCACCCUCCAGACUAAGACGUGCUCACAGGAUGGCUGUCCCAAUGUCACCUCGUGCCCAGGAGAGCUGGUCCUCAAAGCCUGUGUCCCCUGCCCUCUCACCUGUGCUGACAUCUCCAGCCAGGCCAAGUGCCCCUCUGAGCAGCCCUGCAGCCCAGGCUGUUGGUGCCCCGAAGGACGGGUCCUGGGCAUCGAGGGACAGUGUGUGUGGCCCCGGCAGUGCCCUUGCCUGGUGGAAGGUGCUCGCUAUUGGCCAGGGCAGCGGGUCAAGGUCAAUUGCCGGCUCUGUACGUGUCAGGAUGGCCGGCUACGUCGAUGCCGGCUUAAUCCCGAUUGUGCCGUGAACUGUGGCUGGUCAUCUUGGUCCCCCUGGGCGGAGUGUCUGGGCCCCUGCGGCAGCCAGAGUAUCCAGUGGUCCUUCCGAAGCCCCAACAACCCUGGCCACAUAGGUCGUGGUCAGCAGUGCCGAGGCAUCCACCGAAAGGCCCGAAGGUGUCAAACAGAGCCCUGUGAGGAGUGUGAGCACCAGGGGAGCACACGUAGAGUGGGGGAGCGCUGGCGUUGGGGCGCAUGCCAGGUGUGCCAGUGUCUGCUCAAUCGCACAGUGCAGUGUUCUCCUUACUGUUCUCUGGGAGCCUGCCCACAGGGUUGGAUGCUAGUGGAGGGAAAGGGAGAAUCAUGUUGCCACUGUAUUCUUACUGACCCCUGCUACUCCCCACUGGGCUUGUCAAGACUCCCUACCAGCAGUCUGAGGGCAUCAUCCGAACAUCCCGAACAUCCUGCCUGGGCUGGUCGUGUGGGGUCCUUGGUGUUGGGGCCCGAGCCUCAGGGCUGGAGUCCCAGUGAAGACGCCUAUGCUGAGCUACACAUCCAGCCUCCUUUCCUUCAGAUUGACCUGCUAAGGCCCCGAAACCUCACUGGCAUCAUAGUCCAGGGUGCUGGCUCCUCUGAUGCCUAUGUUACCAGUUUUUCACUCCAGUUCAGUGUUGAUGGGCAUCACUGGCAUGACUACUAUGAGACUCUGCCAGGCAUUCUGUCUCCACCCAAGCUGUUCCCAGGAAACUGGGAUGACUCUGCACCUGCAGUGAGGACAUUUAGUCGGGUAGUGCAAGCACAGCAUGUCCGAGUAUUACCCCAUGACUUUCAGCACAGCAUCUUCAUGAGGGUGGAGCUGCUGGGCUGUGAUCCAGCCACACAGCCCACCUUGCCAGCCAUGGUGGCUGUCUGUUCCCCAACGCAGUUGAGCUGCCGCAGUGGUGAAUGUCUCUCUGCUGACCGUCGCUGUGACCUGCACCCUGACUGCCAGGAUGGCUCUGAUGAGGAUGGCUGUGUGGACUGUGUGUUGGCAUCCUGGUCUGGCUGGAGCAGCUGCAGUAGAAGCUGUGGUUUGGGGGUGACCUUCCAGCGGAGGGCCCUGCUUCGAGCUCCCUUGCUUGGUGGUGGCUGCUCUCAAGAAGAUUUCCAAAGUCGCUCCUGUUUCUUGCAGGCCUGCCCAGUGCCUGGUGCUUGGACUUCAUGGGGUCCCUGGGGCCCCUGCAGCGCAUCCUGUGGGGGAGGCCAACAGGAACGUUGGCGUAGCUGCACGGAUCCCCCACCCAAGAAUGGGGGUGCUCCUUGCCCCGGGACACCACAGGAGAGCCUCCCCUGUGGCCUGCAGCCCUGCAGCGGGGGUACAGAUUGUGGCCCAGAUCUUGUGUAUGUGAGUGCUGAGCAGUGCCAGCAGGGCCUGGUGCCCCGGUGCCCACCCUCCUGCCAGGAUCCUGAAGCCCAGAGGAACUGUAGCACACACUGCAUGGAGGGUUGCCGAUGUCCCCCUGGACUCCUUCUCUCUGAAGCUCAGUGCCUGACGCUCUCCCAGUGCCCCUGUCCAGUGGGCAGAGAGAUUAAGUUGCCCAAAGAAUCCUUCCUGCUGGACAACUGCAGCCAGUGUGUCUGUGAAGAUGGAGCUCUUCACUGUGAGGCUGGGGACUGUCCUGUGCCCUGUGGCUGGUCAGCAUGGUCCUCUUGGGGCCCCUGUGACCACUCCUGCGGCCCUGGAACUCGGGCCAGAUUCAGAUCUCCUUCCAACCCGGCAGCAGCUUCUGGAGGUGCCCCUUGUGAGGGAAAUGUGCAGGAGGUUCAGGCCUGUCACACAGACUGUGGUGCUGAGCUGCUAGGCUGGACUCCCUGGACACCUUGGUCCUCUUGUUCCCAAAGUUGCUCUGCCCCAGGAGGACCUCCUGUCUGGCGUUACCGCUCUCGUCUCUGCCCCACGCCCGAGGGGGUGGUCUGCCCUGGGGAGCCCUCUCAAGAAGAGCUCUGCAGCCUCCCUCCAUGUCCAGUGUCUAGUGUCUGGACCCCUUGGGCCCCAUGGUCCUCCUGCUCAGCUGACUGUGAUGGAGGCAUUCAGACCCGUGGGCGCAGGUGCUCUGGUGCACUUUCUGGGAGUUCUGAGUGCCAGGGGCCCCAUAGCCAGACCCGAGACUGUCACACCCAGCCCUGUUCAGCCCAUUGUCCUGAAGGCAUGGUGUUCCACUCCAAGGAGCAAUGUCAGCAGGAGGGAGGGCCAUGCCCACGCCUGUGCUUGGCACAAGACCCAGGUGUGGAAUGCGAGGGAACCUGUGAUCCUGGCUGCACCUGCCCUCCCGGCCUCUUCCUGCACAACGCCAGCUGCAUGCCCCUUAGUCAGUGCCCCUGCCAGCUUCAAGGGCAGCUCUAUCCACCUGGGGCUGUGGUCAGCCUCGACUCCUGCAACAAUUGCACAUGCAUUUCUGGAGAGAUGGAGUGCAGCGCAGAGUCUUGCCCAGUGGCCUGUGGAUGGAGCCCCUGGACCCCCUGGAGCCCUUGUAGCCGAAGCUGUAACGUGGGCCUACGACGGCGUUUCCGGGCAGGCACAGCACCGCCUGCGGCCUUUGGAGGGGCCGAGUGCGAGGGUCCCAGUGUAGAAGCUGAAUUCUGCAGCCUGCAGCCAUGUCGGGGCCCCGGGGUGGAGUGGGGUCCGUGGUCUCCUUGCUCGGUACCCUGUGGCGGAGGUUACAGGAAUCGAACCAGAGGCAAGGCCCCGCAGAGCCCCAUCGACUUCUCUACCUGCGGCCUGCAGCCUUGUGCGGGGCCGGCGCCUGGAGUGUGUCCGGAGGGAAAGCGGUGGUACAACUGCAGUGAGGGCCCAGCCUCCUGUGCAGAGCUCGGUGCCCAGGAAGGUGCCAACGUGACCUGCCACCCUGGCUGCUAUUGUCCCCCGGGGACCCUCUUGCUGAACAACCUGUGUGUGCCUCGCCAGGACUGCCCUUGUGCCUAUGGUGGGCGUCUUCACCCCGCUGGCAGCGUCGUCCUCCGGCAGUGCGAGAAUUGCUCCUGCGUCUCUGGGCUCAUCACCAACUGCACCUCCCGGCCUUGUGAAGAGGCUCAAGCCGCCUGGUCAGGGUGGACCCCGUGGAGCGAGUGCUCAGCUUCUUGUGGGCCUGCCCGGCGCCACCGGCGUCGUUUCUGCCCCGGCUCUCCCCACCUGGGACCUUCCAGCAUCACGCCGCUUCUCUCAGCAACAUCCCCCUCCUCUCUUUGCCGUGGGCCAGAGGCCGAAGAGGAGCCCUGUGGCCUGCCCCUCUGUGACCGUUCAGGAGGCUGGGGCCCCUGGGGCCCAUGGUCAGCCUGCAGUCGGACCUGUGGGGGAGGCCUUCGGAGCCGGACCCGGCUCUGUGACCGACCUGUGCCUCAGGGCCUGGGUGACUACUGUGAAGGGCCUCAUGCUCAGGGGGAAGCCUGCCAGGCACAGCCAUGCCCAGUGUCCAACUGCAGCACUAUCCCUGGGGCUGAAUUCAGUCCCUGUGGCCCUCCCUGCCCCAGGUCCUGUGAUGACCUUGCGCACUGUGUGUGGCGCUGCCAGCCAGGCUGUUACUGCCCUCGGGGCCAGGUGCUGAGCACAGAUGGAACGGCAUGUGUGGAUCCAAGCUAUUGUGACUGCUUCGACCUGCUGACAGGAAAGAGGCAUCAACUGGGCUCCAUAUUGGCACGACCCGACGGCUGCAAUCACUGCACCUGCAUGGAAGGGAAGCUGAAUUGUACUAACCUGCCUUGCCCGGUACCUGGAGGCUGGUGCACUUGGUCUGAAUGGACGCCAUGCACCCUGCCAUGUCAGGGGGAGAAUCGUGCCCGAUCCCGGGCCUGCGCCUGCCCCUCCCCUCAGAGUGGAGGGGCUCCAUGCCCAGGGGAGGUUGGUGAAGCAGGAGCACAACUUCAGCAGGAGCCCUGCCCCAGCCCCACCACUUGUCCAGUGGAUGGUGGCUGGAGCCCCUGGGGACCGUGGUCUUCUUGUGACACUUGCACCGGGGAAUCGUCUCGGAGAAGGGAGUGUACCCAUCCAUCCGCAGAGAGAGGGGGCCGGCCUUGUCCUGGGGCGUACCGGGAGAGCCAGCCCUGCCAAGACAACUCUACCCACUGCACAGACUGUGGGGGUGGUCAGCACCUUCUCCCUUGUGGGAAGCCCUGCCCCCGAUCCUGCCAGGACCUGUCCCCAGGGAACGUGUGCCAUUCUGGCCCAUCCGAUUGCCAGCCUUCUUGCGGAUGUCCACUUGGCCAACUCUCCCAAGAUGGGCUCUGUGUGCCUCAUGCCCUCUGCCGCUGCCAGUACCAGCCCAAAGCCAUGGGGAUCUCGGAGAACAGAAACCGUUCAGCAGAGCCCCAGGUCAGCUCUUGGGAGAGUCUGGAGCCUGGAGAGACUCUGAUGGGUCCCUGUGAUAACUGUACCUGUGUGGAGGGCAUACUGCAGUGCCAGGAGGUGCCCGGCUGUCCGGGGCCUGGGGGAUGGGCCCCGUGGGGCCCCUGGGAAACUUGUAGCGUGUCCUGUGGAGGGGGAGAGCAGCUACGCUCCCGUGACUGUGCCCGACCCCCGUGCCUGGGCCCUGCCCGCCAGAGCCGGACUUGCCAUACCCAGGUGUGCAGAGGCUGCCCGGCUGGAAGGCUAUUCCGGGAGUGCGAGGCGGACGAAGGCUGCCCCUUCUCUUGUGCCCACGUCGGCGGGCUGGUGGACUGCUUUUCCGAUGGCUGCGAGGAAGGUUGCCGCUGCCCGCCCGGAACGUUUCAGCACGGCCCCGCCUGCUUACGGGAAUGCCCAUGUGUCCUGACUGUAUCCCUGCUGCAGGACUUGGAAGCUCAUAGCCCACAACCUAGGGCACUUCAGCCCUCCUUGGGGGAGACAGGACGGCUCCUGGGUCCUGGAGCUGAGCUGGAUCCUGGCCAGACCCUCAGAAUGGGUUGUAGCAACUGUUCCUGUGUCCAUGGGCAGUUCACCUGCUCCCUCAUGCACUGCCCUGUGACUGGGGGCUUUACUCCCUGGAGUCAGUGGGGGCCCUGCUCCCGCUCCUGUGGGGGAAUGGGCACCCGCACCCGCACUCGGAAGUGUGCCCACCCCAAACCUGCCCAUGGUGGCCAGGACUGCCAAGGAUCCCGCCAGGACCUCGAAUACUGUCUCAGCCCAGACUGUCGUGAAGCUGAAGGGUCCACAGAGGUGCCAGGGACAGCCUUCCCAGGUGGCUGGGGCACAUGGUCGCCCUGGUCCCCCUGCUCCCGAAGCUGCACAGAUCCAGCCCACCCAGCCCUUCGUGGCCGGAGCCGCCACUGCCUGGCCAACUGCACCAGUGGGGAAUCCACCCAGGAGCGACCUUGCAACUUGCCCCUUUGUACAGCCAUGCCCUGGUGCCCGGGCUCAGGCUGCACCGGUGGCAACUGCUCCUGGACGGAAUGGGCUCCUUGGGGCCCCUGCUCCCGGAGCUGUGGUGUGGGCCAGCAGCGCCGCCUGCGGGCGUACUACCCCCCUGGGCCGGGAGGGCAUUGGUGCCCCGACAUCCUGACCGCCUACCAGGAGCACCGCUUCUGUAACCUGCGGGCGUGCCCAGUGGCUGGAGGCUGGACCCACUGGAGCCCCUGGUCCUGGUGUGACCGGAGCUGCGGAGGAGGGCGCUCGCUGAGGAGCCGGAGCUGUACUCGCCCCCCACCCAAGAACGGGGGUGCCCCCUGCUCUGGGGAGCAACAUCGGGUCCGGCUCUGUAACCCUGAACCUUGCGAGAAAGGCUGCCCUCCAGGCAUGAAGGCCACAGACUGUGCCAACCGUUGUCCACGCCACUGUUCAGACCUCCAGGAAGGUAUUGUGUGCCAGGAUGGCCUGGUUUGCGAGCAAGGCUGCCGCUGCUUGGAGGGGUUCCUGGAGCAAGAUGGAGCAUGUGUGCCAGUUGGGCACUGUGAGUGCACGGACGCUCAUGGGUACAGCUGGGCACCAGGGAGCCAGCAUCAGGAUGACUGCAAUAACUGCACAUGCCAGGCAGGGCAGCUGUCCUGCAGUACCCAGUUCUGCCCACCACCUGCCUAUUGUGCCUGGAGCCGCUGGUCAGCUUGGUCAGCUUGUAGUCGUUCCUGCGGGCAAGGAGGGCAGCAGAGCCGUUUCCGGUCAUCCACAUCUGGUUCAUGGGCCCCCGAGUGCCGGGAGGAGCAGUCGCAGAGUAAGCCCUGCCCACAGCCUCCGUGCCCACCUCUGUGCCCACAUGGCAGCCACCUCAAGGCUCUCGGGGACAGUUGGCUACAAGGAGAGUGUCAGCAGUGCUCCUGCACCCCAGAGGGCAUUAUUUGCCAGGACAUCGAAUGUGCAGUGCCUGGGGCGUGGACACCGUGGUCCCCUUGGUCAGAUUGUCCGGUCUCCUGUGGGGGUGCAGACCAGGUUCGAACCAGAGCCUGCACUGACCCACCCCCACAGCAUGGGGGGCUGCCUUGCACAGGCCCAGAUACCCAAGCUCAGCCUUGUGGGCAGCAGCGUUGCCCAGAGCUGCCUGUGCCUUGCUCCUGGGAGCCAUGGGGACCUUGCUCCCGAAGCUGUGGCCCUGGCCUUGCUACCCGGUCUGGGUCCUGUUCCUGCCUUCCCAACGGACGUGGCCCCUCCUGCAAUGGGACCACAGCCCACCUGGACACCCGUGCCUGCUAUUCUGGACCUUGCCAGGAGGAGAGCUGUGAGCCACCUUUUGAGUUCCAGACAUGUGGCUCCCCUUGUGCCGGGCUCUGUGCCACCCAUCAGCAUCCUGGUCUUUGCCAAGACCUAGCUCCCUGCCAGCCUGGCUGCUACUGUCCCAAGGGACUGCUUGAGCAGGCAGGGGGCUGUGUCCCUCCUGAGCAGUGUAACUGUCUCUUGGGCCCCAGCCGUGGAGUAGGGGAGCCCCGGGCUUUGGCUCCUGGAGAACACCUGCGCCUGGGCUGCAAGGAGUGUGUCUGCCAGGAUGGGGAAUUGCAGUGUUCCAGUCGUAACUGCCAAGGUCUUCUACCCCUGAGUGGGUGGUCAGAGUGGUCUCCCUGUGGGCCUUGUUUGCCGCUUUCUGUUCUGGCUCCCACCUCACUGAGUGCCCUGAGGGAGCAUGGACCUCAGGAGGGACCCUCUCCUAUGCCUGCUGAUUCUCCUCUGCUCGCCUCAGAGCAGCAUCGCUACCGGAUUUGCCUGGAUCCUGAGACGGGAAAGCCUUGGACGGGGGAUUCACAAUUCUGCACUGCCCCUCUGAGCCAGCAACGCUUCUGCCCUGACCCCGAAGCCUGCCAAGACUCUUGCCAGUGGGAGACCUGGGGCUCCUGGAGCCCAUGUCAAAUAUCUUGUAGUGGGGGGUUUCGGCUACGUUGGCGGAAAGCAAGGGGUCUUGCUGGAGAAAGGUGCCAAGGACCCUGGGCUCAGACAGAAAGCUGCAACACUGCUCCCUGCCCAGGGGAAAGCUGUGAGGCCCGAGGUACAGUGCCAACGGCUGAUUGUGCCAACCAGUGUCCCCGAAGUUGUGUUGACCUUUGGAACAGAGUACAGUGUCUGCAAGGUCCCUGCAGCCCAGGCUGUCGUUGUCCCCGUGGCCAACUGUUUCAGGAUGGCCACUGUGUACCUAUCACUUCUUGCCGUUGUGGCCUCCCCAGCUCCAAUGCCACUUGGGAGCUGGACCUAGAUGGGGAGCUACAGUUGGACUGCCAUAACUGUACCUGUGCCAAUGGGUCCUUGGUAUGCACACCCUAUGAGUGCCUGGCCUUUGGGCCCUGGUCAGCCUGGAGUGACUGCUCGGCGUCUUGUGGCAGAGGUACCAGAGAGAGGCACCAGAGCUGCCUCCAGGAUAGUCUCCAGGGGUUCUCAUGCCAAGUCCAGGACAUGAAGCAGACAGAAGAAUGCAAUUCCGAGUCCUGCUCACAGUGCCCUCCUGGCCAAAGAGCCACCCCUUGUGCCACAUCAUGCCCAAGCCGAUGCUCGGACCUACAGCCUGGCACCCUCUGUGUGCAGUUACCUUGCCAACCUGGCUGCGGCUGUCCUGAUGGGCAAUUGAUGCAGAGAGGCAGAUGUGUCCCCCGGGCUGAGUGCCCCUGCACCCAGCUUUCGCUGCCCUGGGCCCUCUUCUUGACCCCAGAGGAGCAGGCACAAGAGCUGCCUUCUGGGACUCUACUUGUCCGGAACUGUACCCGCUGCAUCUGCCGUGAAGGAUCCUUUAACUGUUCCAGCAGUGACUGUCAGGAGUGCCCACCUGGAGAGAGAUGGCACCAGGUGGUACCAGGGGAACCAGUUCCAUGUGAGAAGACAUGCCAGGAGGUGUAUGCUGAGGAGCCACUUCAGAGCAACUGCAGUAAGGGGCAGACUGAAGGCUGCGUAUGCCAGAGUGGUCAUUACCGCAGUCAGGCAGGCACCUGUGUUACUGCUGCCCACUGCGAGUGCUGGCACCAUGGACAUUUCUACUUGCCAGGGACUGAGUGGCAGGAAGACUGUGAAUGGUGCAGAUGCAUUGAUGGGAGGAGCUUUUGCACCCAGAAUUGUCCUCCCAUCAUCUGUGCUCAGGGAGAAAUAAAAGUAUGGAAGCCAGAGAGUUGCUGUCCUGAAUGUCAGUUGGAGUCAUUAGGUACAGAAGAGGAACCAUCAGUCUCCUGCAAACUUCUCAAGGAGCUUCGAAAUAUCACCAAGGGCUCCUGCCACCUAUACCAGGUGGAAGUGAGCUACUGUAGUGGGUACUGUCCUUCCAGCACUAACGUCAUUCCUGAGGAGCCCUACCUGCAGAGUGUAUGUGACUGCUGUAGCUACCUCCUAGACCCUGUGAAUCCAGUCCAAAUCCUGAGCCUGCAUUGCCCUGGGGGAGACACAGAGCCUGUUGUACUUCCUGUCAUACACAGCUGCCAAUGCAGUGCCUGCCAGGGAGGGGAUUUAUCAAAGCGAUGAAGGGACUGGACUGGUUGGCACCAUACAAAGUUCAACAAUAUGACUUGCAACAAUCCUCAUUUCAAGACAUACGUUUUAAACAAAGUUUAGCUGAAGAGAUAUACUUUGUUUGACCAUGUUUCUGGAAUUUGGGAUUUGGAAAAAUAUUGUCUACCCCUCUUUGCUCAUGAAGCCAAUAGGCCUGCAUGUAUGUUUUUAUAUGAUCCACGAAGGACUUGGGAGCUACAGAACAGGGGUAGCUCAUCUUCUAAUAAAGCAAA